AUGUUUAGAUCCGUUAGGCUUCUUGCUACAAAUUCAUUAUCUGUCACGGCUAGGAAUACUUUUCUUACAAACGAAUACAAAUGUAUUAAUGCAUGGAAAACACAGGUUAACCAUCCUAUAAUAUCAAAAGUAAAUAUUGGCGAAUUUUACGCCACUUUAGAUCAGAAUUAUUCUUCUAAAGGUGUUAUAAGUGCAAUAGACGUUGACAUCUUUGCUAAUGCUGUUAAAGACCCUAUGUACUUGGAAGAACUAAAGGACCUUUUACAUAAACUAAGAUUGUCAGCUGAAACUGGUAAGACAUUGGAAUCUACACAUCAUGCUACUGUGAGAAACUAUAUGGAGUUUGGAAAUAUUCAGGACCUUGUUGAUAUCCUUAAAGACCCUAUUAACUAUGGAAUAUUCCUUGAUUUCUAUGCAGCAAAUUUAUUAUUGAAUAAACUGAUUAAAUCUGCAAGCUAUGAGAUGGCUGCUAAUGUAGCAUCCCUUAUAAUGUUACAAGAAGAUUAUUCAAAUGAUAUUACCUGUGCCCUUUGUCAGUAUGCCUGUUAUAAAUUAUUCACUGAAAAUAAAUUUUUGACUCCACAACAGCAAAAUGAAGUAGAUAAAAACAAAAAAGUUGAAGAAAUCAAAAUAAGAAUAAAAUACCUUCGGAAUCCAUAUAAUGAUGAUCAUUUUGAUAUAGAUGAUAUUAAAGUACUAUCUGGAAAAACAUUAGCGUGGAUUUCAAAACAAUUUGAAGAUAAUACCAGUAAUAAUCUUCAAAUACUUGGAUGGUUAUACUAUAAAAACUAUGAUAAACUACUUUCAUUAGUUCAACAAUUAAGUAGCAAUAGCUCUUUUAAAGUGUACAGAGAAGUUAUUGAUUGUCUCAAAUCAGAAACAACAGAAGAUAUCAAAGAUGAAAUGGACAAAGCAAUGACCUUAUUAGGUAAUGUGGAAAUUAUUGAAGGAAAAAUGGAGGAACCUAUAAAAAAUUUAGUGGAAAAUGCUAUUAAUAGAUGCCAAAACAAGGAUAUUUUAUUUCAAGAAAAGAUAUUUAAAGAAUGGGAAAUAGUGCGCGAAAAAGAAUUUCAAAAUCAAAUAGAGCGAUUGAGUAGAAUAAAACGAGUCCAGUCAAUUGAAGAAAAACAAAAACAAUUACAGACAGAAGAACAAAAGCUUUGGUUCUUUGAAAAUGAAGAAAAAAUAGACCUUCAGAUAGAGGAAAAAGAGCAAAUGGAGGAUAAAACUCAAAUAAAAAGCAAAACACAAGACAAAUCUGAUGAAGACUAUAUUCCUCCUGAAAUUUUACCAAAGAAAAAGUAA